GUCAGACAUUGGAUACCGGGGAAGGCGUCCAGCAGAGCUGGUACCAGCUGCCUCUGUCAAACUCGAUCUGUUACGACCUAAACGUAGGCCUCCACUGCCAGUUUCGCUGCUACCUGAAGUUGAGCUGCGAGUACGCUACGGGAAGUGGCAUUUUCCUGGAGGAGUACCCGGACACGUCGUGCUCCGGUACCGUGACCAACUCGAUGGCGAUGGCCAGACACCUGACCUGGAUGGGUGCCGUGAGCUGGUUCCAAGGAGCUUGUACAUCGGAUGGCAACGGCAAAUACAUGCAGUUCAACAAGCCGGUUACUUCCUACCCGGACUGCAGCGCCCAAGGCGCCGUGGACAUCGGUGAAGGUGCCGAUGUGACGUACGAGGCAAGAUACUACAUGCAGUUCUACUCUGACAGCAGCUGCACGACUGAAUUCCAGGUCAACGAGUUCAGCUCCUUCCAGUACAACCGGUUUCAGUGGAGGGUCUACCGUGGAUCCCAGCACUGCCUGGACUACGUAGAUGCGACGACGCGGCCUUCCAACUGGACUGCGGCAGUCAUCAAUGCUGACGUCUUGAACUUCAAGUUGAUGUGUGGCAACAUGGAUGGUCUCGGCAACGGUAUAUUGGUCAGGCGCCACAACGGGAAUGUUUGUUCUGGCACAUCUGCAGACUCAGAGUACUGGAGAGAUGUGUUCUUCCCCAUGAACCUGUUCUUGGUGCAGGACUUCUUCAAUGGGGAAUGUGUGGAGUGGGGUUCCAUGUGGGUGAAGUUUGACAAGAAGUGGGACACCAUGCACUACCCCGACUGCUCGCAGUUUGCCUGCAGGUCAGGCUACUGUUCUGGAGGACGCCUGCAGCAGCCCUACACCGGGGCCAGCCCGUACGUCGGCGAUAUCAGGACGCCAGUUGCGCAAGCCCAAGUCCUUCCUAGCCGCGGGCUGCAUCAGGCGGCAAUUGGCUGGUGGAUCUUCUUGGGUCUCGCUGUCCUGAGCCUUCGGCUUCCGAGCGCUGCAUGCUGA